GCCGCAGUUUGUUCGCGGCUGAGCUUGGCGGCUGGCAAUGGCAGAAGCGAACGACCUUCAAGGCGCCGGGUCGGACGGCAGCGAAGCGUCGGCGCUCUGGGCAGCCGCUGUGCAAGCGCUUCAGACCUUCCGUGGGCUGCAUGGGCAUAUCGAUGUGCCGGUCGACUUUGACGUCCCGACGACGGCAGCAUGGCCCGACGCUGUCCAUGGCCUCCAGCUCGGGCGGCUUCUGGCCUUUCUUCGCACACAGACCAUGGUCGAUCCAGUGUACAAGGUGAUACUGGAUGCGCUGGGUUUUGACUGGAAGCCCGUGUGCGUGGUGCAACGUCGUCGGUGGAGCUGGGACCAUCAGUUCGAGGCGCUGUGCUUGUACCGGGAAAAGCACGGCAACCUCGCGGUGCCGACGACGUACGUCGUGCCGGCGUCGUACCCACGUCACUUGCACCACCUCCCGCUUGGCCGCGUCGUCAACAUUCUGCGCUGUCAAAGCCGCGUUCACACGCCCGAGCGAGUGCAACAAACGAGCGACCUCGACGCGCUUGGGUUUCGCUGGCGUCUGCGAAGCAAGACGACGUUUUGCGUCGUGCAUCGUCCGGGCAAGCGCACGCCCAUGUCCCAGCUCGUCGCGUGGCCCGACCAGACUGAAGCCCUCGUUGUCUUUCGGCGUCUGCACGGCCACACGAAUGUGCCCGACGGGUUUCUCGUGCCAGCGAUGACGCCAUGGCCUCUUCCGAUGCACCGCGUUGCCCUCGAUCUCGCGCUCGCGUCGCUGCGCGCGCAUGUCUACGAACUGCCGAGCACUGAUGCCAAGCGGCUCCGCGACGCCGGUUUCUUCGCCGAUCUGCCCGACUUUGGCACAUUUGUCAAGCUGCUGGACAUGUACCGCACCGAGUUUGGCACUUGCGCCGUGCGCAUCGACUUUGUCGUGCCUCGGAUGGGCGGUCUCUGGAUGAACGCCUGGCGCGGCUUGGCCCUCGGCGACCUCGCGUGGUCGGUCGGCUUGAAGAUUCGGGCGCUCAAGGCUGCGCAGCGCGUCGACCUCGCAGGCGUCGGCUUUGUUUUCAACGUCGACGCGACGGGGGCGACUGUCUUGCGUGGUCUUGAGCACUUCGCAAUCCUCAACGGUGCAAUUGCGGUGCCAACGACGUUUGUGGCGCCAUCUACUUGGCCAGACGACCUUGCCGGACUGCGCCUUGGACGCUAUGUCGAGCGUAUGCACACGGCAAAGCGGCUGCGUCUGCUGCCACCGGCCACAACAGCAACCUUGGCAGCGCUCACGAUGAUCCCUCCCGCCCACCAGCUGGCGUGGGAGCCUCCGCGCGAUGCGAUCGAGAGAGAUCAGGCUCUGCAGCAGCUUGGAGACGUCGUCCGGGACGUCCAUACCGUCGUACCAGACGACUUUGUCGUGCCUACGAGUGGCUCUGCGUGGCCACUUGGCAGCCACGGCGUCCCGCUGGGCGUGCGUCUGCGCUGGUUUCGGCAGCAACACAAUCUUUCUGUGCCCGUGUGCGACGAGAUCCGCGCACUCCCUGUCGACACCCGCAGCGUCAUCACCGACGGCGUACCACUCACUGUCGACACCCGCAGCGUCAUCGCCGACGAGGUGCUACCCAUUGCGCCAGCAUUGACGCACCGCAGCUGGACUUUGCACGACCGAGUGCGCGCCCUCGGCUUCUAUCGACAUUUGCAUGGCACGGCCCACGUGCCCCAAAAGUACCCAGAUCAAACUGCUCCACUUUGGCCACCGGAGUUUCGAGGUCUCCAAGUCGCCACAUUUGCACAUAGCAUUCGAUAUCACGACCGAAGACUCGACAAGACGCUCGAGGCGCAGCUAAAGCUCGUUGGCUUCUCGUGGGCGAACUCAGUGGCCAUGUCGCGCUGCGUCAAGCGCACGACGCGUGGCACGCUUGGUGUCGGGACGGCCCCGAUCGCUACGCAGGUCGCAGCGCUUCACGCGUAUCAACGCCUGGUCGGUGACGUGCUUGCGAUGCCCAAUGACUUUGCCGUGCCACCGAACGACGCCAACUGGCCACCUGGCAGCAGCGGUAUUGUGCUCUCGUUUGUGCCUCCGUCGCUGGCUUACCACUGGUUUGAGCUCGUGGAAGAAGACGAGGCAACCGUCCGAGCGUUGGGUCUCUUCACCGACGUGCCGCCCUUUGAAGCCUUUGUGCAGCUCAUCUCUCGGUUCACAUCCGAUGGCAAGACGACCGUACCGCUGGACUUUGUUGUGCCGUCGGAGUGGUCGACGCAAUGGCAUGGAGCCCCGCUGGGCGAGCUCGCGUGGUCUCUCGGCGUGCGAUUGGAGCAUCUUGAGAAGCGGAAGUUGUGGCAGCUGGCGGCGAUCGGGUUCGAGUUCAACACAUCUGCGACGUGGGCCCACAUUGUGGACGGACUGCGUACGUAUCACGCGCGACGCGGCUCAACGGACGUACCAGAGCUCUUCAUCGCGCCUCGCAUUGCCACGUGGCCAGAGACCAUGCACGGCAUGCGCCUGGGCCAUUGGGUGCAACAUCUCCGCUCCGCAAGAGAGCUCUACUUGCUGCCGCCCGACACCAUCGCUGCCGUUGAUGCCAUCGGAGCCGAUGCUCCAAUGCCAGAAGCCGUGCCAGUACUGGUGGGCGUGAGCACGCCGACGCCCGCUGUCUCCGAGGCCGCAACCCGCGACGCAAACGGAGCUGAUGCCCCGCCGCCAGAGGCUGCAGCAUUGUCGAGCGGCGAGAAUACGGCGGCGCCGGCCAUCCUUGCCACCGCAGCCACCACAACUGUUCAAGCAACCGCUGCCGCUGCUGAUGCGCCGUUACCAGUCGUUGUGCCACCGUCGCCAGACGCUGUGCCUCUGCCAAGCGUCACUGAGGAGCAGCUAGUGGUACGAGCGGCUCCCGCGCCCGAGGUUGACAGCGACGCAAACGAGCGCUGCGACCACCUCGUUGCGCUGGAUCUGUGGCUCCACGCGACGCCACGCCCGAGUGAAUCGACUCUCCUCGGCGCCAUAUCGCCGGCAUGCCCGGUCGCACUACGAUCCAUGUCGGUGGGCGCACUUUUGCUCGAGCUCGAGGUCGGACAAGCGUUUGAGCAUCUGCAGCCGGCCCUCGACGCCCGGCAAUUCGACCGCCAAGCUCGGUGGGCGAUCACGUUCCAGGCGCUCGCAAUGUUCAAGGCCUUCCACGGUCAUUUGGACGUGCCUCAAACGUUCUCUGUCGAUGUCAGCGUGGCCUGGCCCACGUCAAUGCAUGGCCUACGACUCGGUGACGUUGUGUUAGGGCUGCGGCGCCUCACAGCAGCCAAAAUGACGACGACGAUCGUGGCGCAGCUCAAUGCCAUUGACUUUGGGUGGGCUGCUUUGGCCGUGGCCGUCGCUGCCGACAAUGCACUCUUGCUCGCCCCAGCGCCACCGGCGUCCAUUGCCGACGCAGCGCCAGUGGCGUCCGUUCAAGACGUCCACGCGACUGCAUCGGCUCGGGGUGCCUUGCCUAGCAUUGCCGACGAUGUGGAAGGCGGCUCCGAUCGUGACGACGACGACCGCAGUGACACGACCGUUCGUCUCGACUCGGACAACGACAACCAAAGUGACGCCGACAACCACGACAUUAUCGAUCUCUGCAGCACCGAUGAGGACACUGAUGACGACAUGGGUAUCGACCACGACGUCAACGACGACGACAUGGGCAUCGACGACGACAUCAACGACGACGACGCCACCGAUGCGAUCCCGGCGCAGGACGUUUCCGUCGACGUCCGCCGUCGUCCAGAUUCUCUGGAGUCCCCGGCACCGCCAGUCGUUCAGGCCAUGGGAAGAGCCUCCGAUGACGACGCACCACUGGCGGCCGACGACUACCCCGCGCCACCAAACUUUCUCGCGAUGAAGCAAGCCGUGGGCGGUGACCACAUCGUCGCUGCGAGCUCCUUGGUGCCACGACCGGCCGAGACCGGGUGCGAGUACCCUGCGCCGCCCCAACUUCCCGCACGCAACCGGCCCACCCCCCUGUACCCGGGGCCUCCGCGUCUGCCAGCGUCGUCGACGCGACCAUUUCUGUAG